AUGGAAUGUUCGGAGCAGCCACUACAGUAUCAAUGGCAGGGAAAUCCCUGUAAAAGUGGAGUCAGCUACUGUAUAAUAAAUGCAUGCAGAGCAGAUUCAAAUAUUUGCAGAUAUUCGAAUGCCAUACCUGAGCCUGCCGAAUGGCCUACCAAAUUAGACUUGACUAAACGCACAGAUUUUCGACAUGUGCAAUCAAUAUUUGCUGCUACUCCAUCUCAUCUUCAAGAAGUGACGACAGAAGUCGAUCUCAAGGAAAAGGAUAACGAGACUUCUGAAAUACCGGCGAUAGUUGGCAAGGAUUCUGCUGAUGUAUUGUUUGAUGUACCAUUUGUUGGGGUUCUAGAGGAGGAGAAACCCACUCCAGAAAGAAAAAGAUCUUUAGCUGUACAACCUGUCUCAAAAGAUUCUGGAGAGCAAUUUUCGAAAGCUUUGAACUGCUUCCAAAGAGAGGACCCUACAUUCCGUGUUGGCUUGGACCCAGAGAAUGGGCAGACAAUCAUUUCUGGAAUGGGAGAACCACACUUAGAUAUCUAUGAUGAACGCAGUGUGAGGGAAUACAAGGUUGAUGCAGUUGGAAAGCCUCGUGUAAACUUCAGAGAAACUGUUACUCAGCAUGCUGAUCUGGAUUAUUUACAUAGGAAGCAAUCUGGAGGGCGAGGACAAUAUGGACGUGUGAUUGGGUAUAUUGAACCACUUCUUACUGAGUCGGGAACUAAGCUUGAAUUUGAAAGCAUGCGUGUUGGCCAAGCUGUUCCAUCAAAUUUUGUCCUUGCAAUUGAGAAAGUUGCCAACUCAUGUGCAUUAAUUGGACAUCCAGUUGAAAAUCUCCGAGUUGUCUUGACAGUUGGUGCUGCUCAUGUUGUUGAUUCCAGUAAACUUGCCUUUAAAAUGGCUUCUGUCUAUGCUUUUAGACAGUGUUACACAGCUUCCAGACCGGUUAUAUUAGAACCUGUUAUCAAACCAGGACAGGUGUUAUUCCAAAGACUGACCCAAUGCUAA